AUGUACCUCACACUGUACCACCUUGUCACCCGCCUCCCUGACUCCCUUCGCUCUGUCAGGGACCAGUUCCUUGCCCUCUCCCCCACUGACCUCACUGUCGAUCUCCUCGAGAAGGAACUCCUAGCAGCUGAGAAGAGCAUUGUAGCUGUAGGUGCCUCUCGUGGUGACCCCCGCACCCCCUUCUUUGAGGGGUGCUCCCCCUCCCCCCUCCUCCCCUCCAUUGCCUCUGCUGCUGCUGUCGGCUACCUCGGAGCUGAGGGAGUCGGGGCCGCGUCUGCUCCUCGUGGGAGACGCAAGGGCGGCAGGGGCAAGGGGGGCAGGGGUGGUGGAGAUGGACGAGGGGGCGGCGGCAGUGGAGGUGGUGGGGUGGGCGGGGGGUGGGAGUGGCGCGGGUGGUUGGGGGGGGCAGUGGCGGCACAGGCGGUGGCGGUGGUGGGGGUGGUGGGGGCGGUGGGGGCGGUGGAGGCGGUGGAGGCAGUGGUGGCGGUGGUGGAGCGGUGCAGUUGUUGA